AUGGCUGCACCGCAGGUCCCUACCCCUGGGGGCACGCCUGCUCAGGGCAAUCCUUAUGGUGCGCCGAGUGAGGGGGAGGGGACACGAGGGAUGGGCGGACAAGAGAGUGAUAGGAGUCUUGGGAGCAUGAUGAUGAACCAAGUCAUUGGCGGCGGCAAGCACUCGUCGUCCCAGCAAGGCGGUCUUGGUGGGCUGGCGUCGCAGUUCUUGGGCGGUAGUAGCAGUCAUGGGUCUAGCAGUGGAGGAAAGCCUUCGUCGUCCUCUGGACUUGGUGGACUGGCGUCGUCAUUCCUGGGAGGAUCGUCGUCGUCCCAUAGCGGCACUCCUUCGUCUGGACAACAUGGAAGCAGCAGCUCUGGUCUGGGUGGCUUUGGUUCGAUGGCGAGCAACUUUCUGGGAGGCCAUGGAAAACCAAAUACCAGUGGUAACCAAUACGGCUACUCUCACUCUGGCCAGACUGGAACAUAUUCUGGCACUGCACCGCCAGCCUCGUAUCAACAGGCACACACACCGAGCUCAGGUGCGUACGGCCACCAGCCUGGAGGAUACCCGACGCCAGGACCACAGCAUGGUGCGAGCCCGGCGCCAGCGCAGUAUGGUCACAGCACGCCAGGCUACGGGCAACAACAGCCUGCCUACGGCCAACAAGCUCCCGCCCAACAUGGUGCGCCAGGAGCCUACGGUGCGCAGCAAAGCAGCUACAACCAGUACCCACCACCUCCACCGGGUCAGUCGCCUUACGGAAACCAAUACGGGCAGCAGCAACAUCCAUACGGUCACCCAGCUCCAUCUCAUCACGAUCCACACGGCCAGAGCUCUUAUGGUCAUCAGCCUAGCUAUGGCGGCCAGCAGUCCUACCCGCCGCCACCAUCAUCGCAGGGCUACGGACAGAACCCAAGCUAUGGUGGCCAUGAGCAGCAGCAUGGACAGGGGCAGCAGUAUCAGGCUUAUGCGCCUCAGCAGCAGCAGGGAGGAUAUGGAUUCCCGGGCCAGCAGGGGUAUGCUUCGCCGCCGCCGAAUCCGGGGUGGUGA